UUCCAAGAUUAUAAAUGAAUCCUCCUAGACUUUGUGCUCCGUGUAUUUGUUGCUAGACAGAAUCAAGAGCUCUCCAGGAAUGUACUGCUGCCCUGGGGAAUCUUAACAUCCCUUCCCAAGGAAGUUAGCAGGAUGUGUAUCCUGGUCACAUGGUUCCAUGACACAUGUGUGUGUAUAUAUGCGAGAUGCCUGGGGACUCUGCUCAGACUGCGCUGAACUUCCCUCUUCAGAGCCACUCAUCAUUUCAGAGAAGUCACCUGCCACCAUGAUGGCUGGGGGCUUAUCUGAAACCAAGCCAGCUACUCCAGAAGUUCAGCAGCUUGUUAACCAGGUGAAGCCACAGUUUGAAAGCCGGGCAGGCAGGAACUGUGCUGUCUUUACAGCCAUAGCAUAUAAGACUCAAGUGGUUGCUGGGACAAUGUACUUUAUUAAGGUCCAAGUUUCCGAUGCCGAAUAUGUCCAUUUAAAGGUGUUUCUGAGUCUUCCUCAUGAGAACCUAGGUCCCAGCCUCGUCAGUUUUCAGACUGGCAAAACCAGAGAUGAUCCUCUGACCUACUUCUAAGACACUAUGUGUUGCAGUGCCUCACCUCUGCAAAUCCUAGGGGGAUUCUGCCAAUGACAGUGAAUAAAGUAAGUUUGGAAAGCUA